GAGUCAGGUAAGCCAGCAGCACGUUUGCAAAUGGGAAAGAAAGGAAGACGAGGCUCUCUGCCUCUCUAAUUCUGAGAUGUAAAUGACAGACUGGCAUUAGACGUCAAGCAGAGAGAGAGAGACAGAGAGACUGACUCUCUCUCUCUCUCAUGUAUAUAUAGAUAAAUAUACAUAUAGUAGUGUACCUCUGUCUGUGUAUAUAUAUUCCUUGGUUCUUCAAGAAUUUAGUCCUGUAUUAUCGCCUGGGAUUCUGCCGAGACAGAGACAGAGAGAAACAGCAUGAGUCUCUUUGGUCUUGGAAGCAGAAAUCAAAAGACCUUCCGGCCUAAAAAGAGUGCUCCAUCAGGAAGCAAGGGUGCUCAGCUCCAAAAACAUAUUGAUGCUACUUUGGGCAGUGGGAACCUUAGGGAAGCCGUGCGCCUGCCUCCCGGAGAAGAUAUAAAUGAAUGGCUUGCAGUAAACACUGUUGAUUUUUUCAACCAAGUGAACAUUCUGUUUGGUACUCUAACCGAGUUCUGCACGCCAGUCAAUUGUCCAACAAUGUCUGCAGGACCAAAGUAUGAGUACAGAUGGGCUGAUGGAGUUAACAUUAAGAAACCAAUAGAGGUCUCUGCUCCAAAAUAUGUGGAAUAUUUAAUGGACUGGAUUGAAGUUCAGCUUGAUGAGGAAUCAAUCUUCCCUCAAAAAUUGGGGGCACCAUUUCCAUCCAAUUUCAUAGAUGUUGUCAAGACCAUCUUUAAGCGAAUGUUCCGUGUUUAUGCGCAUAUCUACCACUCUCACUUCCAGAAAAUUGUGAGUCUGAAGGAAGAAGCUCAUCUCAAUACUUGCUUCAAGCACUUUGUUCUCUUCACUUGGGAAUUCCGCUUGAUUGACAAAGGAGAGCUUGCACCUCUUCAAGACCUUGUUGAGUCUAUUCUACAGCCAAAGUGACAGAACUUUUUGCAUUUCUUUUUCCUUUGAGACCUUAAUGAGUGAUACACAUUUUUGUCAGCUUCUGCUUAGCCCUUGUAGUUUUGUGGAAUGAGAUGCCAACAAGCUAGCACCGUCUUUCUGUUUCUCUCUGUCUCGUCCUAGAGAUGACCAACCCCUUGGUUUAUUCUUGAGAAUCAAAAGAAGAAACUGUUUCUGGUUGUAAUCUUUCAAGUGAUUGUAUUACAACUUUAUAAACUGUUUUUUUAAAGCUGCCUAACUCGCCAGUCAUGAAUCAAUGGAUCUAAUUAUAAAGCCA